UUUCUACUCCUACACACCAACAUUUAGAUCCCUAUAUACAAUUAUCCUCCUCAAAUCCAAAAUGGCCCCUUCCUGGCUUGAAAAGUUCAUUGUUCGUGAAGACGCAACUCCUGACCCCCGACGCAGCGCAGAAAAGCCCGCGCUGGAGAUGCACUACACCGCUCUUAUCGGACACCGCCGAAUCUUGGGUGUCAAUGGCGACAAAACACCUCGUUACGAAGUCGAACGGCGAGCUGUUCUGGAAAUCUGGGGAGAUAAAUGCUACGUCAAGUCUCUGCGUCAGAAUGCGGAGAUCGCUAUGAUCGACUUUCACAGCAUCCCUCCCAAGACGGAGGUCAAAUUCUCACAGCAGAGUCGCACCAUCACUAUGAAGGGGGCUGAUGGAAAGUACACUGCGGGUGGCGGUCUUGGCGAGUUACACUGGAAGCCAACGGGAAUGGUUGCUUACGGCAAAGCUUCAUGGGAGUUGAGGGACAAGACGAGUCUUGUGAUGUCAGUGACGAUUGAUGAUCAACAGAUCAAUGGAAUGAUUUGUCUCUGGAAGGAUGGCCUCACUCAAGAAGUGGAAGAGGAGCUGAUCAUGGUCGGAACCUCCAAGAUUGAGGAGUAUCGGAGGUUGAUGAGGAACUCAAAGGCAGCUGCAGUGGGUGCCGUCUCAAAUGCGUUUUGGCUAGCAGUCUAGAAGCACUCGUCAAAAGGACCGGCUUUGAGAGUUUGAUUAUAAUAGAACUUUGGUCCAGCUUGGCGUGGAGCCGUGGCUGUAACAGAUCCAAGCAACCUAGGACUCUCUCUAAGAAUAGAUCUUUGCGUUUUCGUGCAGGACUUGCAUGUCCAAAGUGGAAGAAUCAAAC